CCUGCGCAUGUGUAGUUCCAGUGCACGCAAAUACGUGGCAUUUGCCGGUUUACAGUCUCCAAAAUAUCGCUCUAAAACAUCUCCCAAAAGCCCCCAAAAUGGACUUUUUACAGCCCCUCAUUUUGUUGAUUGUGUCUUUAUUAUAUCUAGGUGGUGUAGAAUCAUAUUUCAUCAGUAUAGACGCCCAUGCAGAAGAGUGUUUCUUCGACAGAGUUACCUCUGGCACAAAAAUGUCUCUCAUGUUUGAGGUAGCAGAAGGUGGAUUUUUGGACAUUGAUGUCAAGAUUCAAGGGCCAGAUGGUAAAUCCAUAUACUCCGGAGAUCGAGAAUCCAAUGGAAAAUAUACCUUUGCUGCUCAUAUGGAUGGUGUCUACAAGUAUUGUUUUAGCAACAAGAUGUCCACCAUGACACCAAAGAUUGUUAUGUUCUCAAUGGACAUUGGGGAAAAGCCAAAAGAAGAUAAUAAAAUGGAAAAUGCAGAGGCACACCACAACAAGUUGGAAGAAAUGAUAAAUGAACUCUCUACAGCCCUUACUGGUGUCAAGCAUGAGCAGGAAUACAUGGAAGUUAGAGAAAGAAUUCACCGAGCUAUCAAUGACAACACAAACUCUAGGGUUGUACUAUGGUCCUUCUUUGAAGCUCUAGUGUUGGUUGCGAUGACUUUAGGACAAGUUUACUAUCUGAAGCGAUUCUUCGAAGUGCGACGAGUGGUGUGAAUUACGCAAGGUGCUUAGGAUGAUAUUACCAAAUUACCAGCAUAAAACUUCUCUCAAAUGUUUCUCAAGUCUGUUUCUUGAUCCAGUUAGGCCAAUAACUCCAGAAAGAGACAUUCAUGGUUGAGGCAGCAAGAAUAUUCAUACUAUAGUGUAGAUAUACAUGUAUAUGUAUCUUUGGUGAUAAAAUAAAUGAGACAGUUAUGUCUUCAAGCUGGAGUUAAUGGGGAUGAUUUGCUCAGCAGCUGUGGACAGAGUUAUGUAGACAUUCAAAGUCAUUCAAUCAAACUGGUGCCUAAUUAAAAUUUUGAAUGUGGAUUUAAACGGCUGUUGCUUGAGCUGUGAACCCAUCUGUUCCUGAAUGACAGGGGCAUUUUCUAAGAAAAGAAUGAAAUUCAAGUCAUUAUUAAGCUAGACAAAUUGGCAGCAAGUGGAAUUCUUAAGGGUGAACGUACAUCUGAAAUAUUUGAGAGAAGUUGGGAGUAACAACUUGAGAACCCCUUUAUGAACUGCAGUCUAUUGAUUGAACAAAUUCUGAUAAAUGAAAUUGUUGAUGUUCGUGAAACAUGUACUUGUGCAGUGAUAUUUUGAAAAGAGGUAGGCACUGCCCAGCAAAAAAACCAUGAAAACCAUAAAAACUUUCUACGUAAAUGGUUGGAAAAGAAAUUUGGCCAAAAAUUGCCAACGAAACCAGCAAAAAGUGUUGCAGUUUAUAAAAGGUGUUUUUUAUGAUCUUGAUGAUAUCUGAUCAUUGUGUAAAGUAGAUUCCUUUGGAACAAUUUCAGACAACAACAUUUGAAAUAUUUCUUUGGAAACUGAAUAAUUCUUUACAUUGUAAAUACGCAUCAACACAGAUAUGGGGGAUUAUUUAUUUUUCAAAAUCUGUAAGUUUUGUAACUAUUGCAAACGAAUGUAUUAUACUACUGUAUUACUAUCAGAAGCCUUUUCAAAGAUUUGUGAGUCAUGAUCGUGAAAAUUCAAGCAGGUUUUUGCCCUUGGUCAUGGCAAUUAGUAUUAGAACAUGGUCAUGUACUGGUUACGGUGUUACAACUCACAAUGGCUUGGAAUCCCGUAUGAUUAAUUCCACCAUGUUCUCCCCAGAUCGAGCCUUAUGCUCUGCAUCUUAUAGAGCACUAUGCACCAUGAUCUGAGGAGAACUUAGCAAGGAUUUAGGAACAUGACUUGCAAAUUUUCAUGAUAACAAUUGUUUUGUUAAGGCAUGCGUGUUUGCAAUGAUAACUCAACUAACCUUUUGGUAACGCUAUAGUUGUGUUUGUAGUAUUUCUUCCAAAAACUUUGAAGGGCGGGAAUUUUGGAAGUUGGCAAAGAGAAGGGAAAGGGUGAACUGUGAAAAGGGGCAGAAUGAGCACCCUUCUGUAAUAGAAAAUGCAUUAGCUGUUGUGAAGAAAGGCAGGGAGCAUUUUUAGAGGGACAGGAUGCUGCACACUUCUAUUUUCAUCUGGCAGAAACACAAGUUUAGGAUUUUUGUUAUGGAUUCCGGGUUAUUUACCAGAGCACAUUGGAUAUCUGGUCUAUUAGGACUAAUAUUAGAAACAAAAAUCAUGGCUGUGUUGUAAUCAUUGCUUUUCUUUGUGUAGCGUUUCUUAUUUCCUCCCAAAGUUUGAUUUUAAAACGAAUCCUAUGAAGUUGGGGAGUUCGAGAUUUAGGUUCAGUCGUUGUGUCCAACCAAAUUUUCCACUGCAUACUUGCCUUUGCUGCAAAUAUCAGCUCCAGCAAGUUAUUCUAUGAACUGUGUAUGUCAUGCACCGUUGGGUCUUUGGCUGUUCUGUAUAUUUCUUUUGGGUUCGGGGUUUUAUACAGGUGUGGUAAAAGGAUUGGUUUUAUAAAUAUUGUCCAUCAUAUUCACUGGUCAUUUAAUGCUGCAUGUACCAUUGUUACGUUAGUAAGUGUUGAUUUCGGUUCUUGUUCUCUCAUUUAAACAACUUUUAAAAAUUGUCAUCAGUUGAAUAACCUUUCAUGGUAUCAUUAAAAGGAAUUGUGAUACUGUAGACUUCCCAUUAUCAAUAUCACAUCCACUUUUACAUACAUGGAGAUGAAACUUCAAAUGUCUUAAAUUUGGUUAAGAGAAUACCAUGUCUCUUGGUAUACUUGAAGUAACAUGUAUAAUUUGUACAGACCUAGGUACAUGUACCCAUUAUAUCAUUCCAUGCAUAAGAUCUCAUAUUUUCAUGAUCGUGUACACAUUCUACAAAUGUAAAUGUAGAAUGUGACUUGUGCAUGUACAUGUAUGAGCUGGGGGUUCAGAUGUAAAAAAUCAUGAACAUGCUCAAUAAUUUGUCUGGUUUUCGGGCAUGUAAUGAUGAAACUGUUGUAUCAUUUAUGUUCAUUCUGUAUAUAAUCUUACCAAGGUUUGAUGAAUACCAAUUCAUGUAAUGUAAGGUUUAUCCUCACAGGGGUUGUAAAUCUACCCCCUCACCUUUCCUGUUGAGAAAUGUCCGUGUUCAUGUAAACCACCUGAUUGGUUUAAGGUGGGAAAGGUUCUAUGAAAGAACGUUUUGUUUUAUUUAUAGUUUAAGAAUGACAUCAGGUAUAUUUGAUUAGAAUGCAAAUCUAGCUGUAGCAUAGUCAACACCAAAAAAGGUUUCUUUGGGUAGUUUUACAAGUGCACACUUCCAUUGAAUUUUACAGAUUUGCAUUUUCUUGCACAAUGAAAGAAAUUGCACUAAUUAAUGAACCGCUUAGUAUGGAUACAGACGCUCUACUCGAGUUUUCAAAUGAGACAUUAAUGCUUUUCUGGUUUCUUUCUUAUGAUAAGAAUCCAUAAAAGGUCUGUAGUUGCUACUGUUCUCCAUGAUCAAGUCCACUUUAAGAUCAGGAGUCUUUCUGCAUUGUGUAAGAGCGAUUGGUAACUUCAAAUGCUUAUUUACUCUGGUUAGUUAACCAGGUUUGGUUUGUUUUAUUAAAUUGCUUUGUAGAACUAGAUGUGUCCUCCGGACACUUAUUUUCUGGUGUUGUGAAAUACACCACCUUGAGCAGUCUUCAAAAGAAAAAGAAAUAAACCAAUAAAAACUGAUGUCAAUCUCAUAUUUA